AUGGAGCUUCCCGUCUUAGCUAUUAAUCCGCUAAUUCGGGGCAUCUCCAGAUGCUUCUGGUCCCCUUAUAGCCCCCAAAUGGGUUACUUGGAAGAAACAAUAGAAGAAGAACUCCCAGACAUUGACGUAUUUGACAUCUCUGAAAAUCGUGAUUUAAAUACGCCAGUACCAACCACUUCUGGAAAUCAUGAUUUCGACACAUCAGUUUCAAAAAAAGCAGUAAUCAUGAACGACGUCAUAUUAACAGAAGAAAAUAGAAUUAAAUUACCGCACAGAAGGAUGAGAGAACCUUCAAUAGAAAUUGAUGGAGAACAAGAACAAUAUAGAAAACCCCAAGAAGGUGGAAAUACAACAGAAGAAGAUCAAUUUUUUGAAAAAUUCUGUGAAUGGAAAGAAAACCCUGUGACAAACGAUAGAGUAAAAAUAAAAUCAAAUGCUGAAGGAUGGUUGGUAGAAGAAUUUAAAGACAAAAAAUUAACUAUAGUAAGGUUAAUUUUUGGUGAUCCUACCUACACACUUUUAGAAAAAGAAAUUCUUUUGGAAAUGAUCCAGUAUUUAUCCAACCAGUACCCAGAUACUGGAUUUCAUAUUGACUGUAAAACUGGAGAGACUUCCACAUAUAAAAAAUUAGCUGAGGAAAGCAUUCGUUGUGCAAUUUGGUUAAAAAAGCAAGGCAUCGAAUCCGGUGAUGUUGUUGUAAUUUGCUCUGAAAAUAAUAUUGCAUCAUGGGCCCCCUUUUGCGCAGUUUUUUACCUUGCUGCAAAUUUAAAUCCUUGGUACCAUGAUUGGUCUCCUGACACAUUAAGGUAUCUUCUCAAUUUAAUGAAACCGAAAAUUAUGUUUGCGAAUGAAAAAUCGGGUAGGAUUCUCAAUGAAAUAAUUAAAGAAGAGAAGGAACUUGAUAUGAAGAUUGUAAUAUUUGGCAAAGUAGACGGACUCGUGUCUUUCGACGAUAUUAUAAAUGAGCAGAGUCCAGACGAAGUUGAACAGUUCGAAUGUCAGUCUACAAAUCCUGAUGAUGAUUGUUUAGUUUUACUUACAUCAGGCAGUAUCGGCGGUUUGUCUAAAGCUAUACAACAUACCUACGAAGGAACAUUCUACAUUUGCUGCACAUUUAAUACUUUAUUUACCAAGGCAGAAGGAAUGCCUUCAAUGUGUCCUUCGCCCAUGUAUUGGAUAACUGCAGUAUUUCAUAUAAUCCGAUGUUUAUUAACCAUUUCUCCUGCGAUUAUUAUAAGAGACUCGACACCUGAAGAACUCUGCAGAGUCAUUGAAAAAUAUAAAAUCAACUUGAUGUUAUUGGCUUCAGAGAUAUUGAAGGAUCUUUCCCAAUCCCAGGUUCUAGAAAAAUAUGAUUUAUCUUCUGUGAAAUCUCUAAUUUUCGGAGGCACAAAACCAAGUGUGGAAGUUAUGAAAAAUAUUAAUGAUAAGUUGGUAAAUGCCGCAAUAAACCAAAUGUAUGGAUGUACAGAAUUAGGAGUCGCCAUAUUACAAUUGAACGACGAAAAAGGAAACAUCAAUUACAAUUCAAGUGGUGUAGUUCUACCUGGUGUGGAAAUGAAGGUUGUAGAUGUUAACACGGGAGAACUAUUAGGCCCAAAUCAGGAAGGUGAACUGCACUUUAAAGCCAAAGGAAUGAUGAAAGGUUACUUCACAAAUUCAACAACAACUGAAGAAGUUAUAAAAUCUGAUGGUUGGUUUCACACUGGAGAUUUAGGGUAUUAUGAUAAAAAGGGCUGUGUUUAUUACGUGUGUAGAAUAAACGAUAUUAUAAAAUUUAGAGGACACCAAAUUACACCUCUAGAAAUUGAAGAAGUUCUUUUAAAACAUCCUGACAUACUCGAAGCUGCUGUAGUAUCAGUUCCACAUCUUUUGGAUACGGAACACCCUAUUGCUUUCGUCACGAAAGCUCAACAUUCAGAGGCAAUAUCACUUAUUUCUAUUUAUUUAAAUGUUCUCUAUAAUAGCAGUAUACGGUGGGUCUGAACUAACUCCAUAGGUGCUUGUAUAUGGCAUCUUUUGGGUGAUUAUAAUUCUCCAGUACCCCAUACAAGUUUAAAGAUCAA